AUGGCUCCCCCGACCGAUCGCAAAGUGAUCCUCGAGACGCUCCAGAAGUCUAUCGACGAUGGUAAUAUCAUCGUCGGCGCAGGCGCAGGCAUUGGCUUGAGUGCGAAGUUCAUCGAAGCGGGCGGCGGUGACUUGAUCAUCAUCUACAACAGCGGGCGCUACCGCAUGGCGGGGCGAGGCUCACUAGCAGGCCUGAUGCCGUACGGAAACGCAAAUGACGCAGGCGAAGUCAUCCCAAUUCUACAGAAAACGCCAGUUCUGGCAGGCGUGUGCGCCACCGACCCCUUCCGGUCCAUGCCACAAUUCCUCAAACAACUCAAAGAUCUGGGCUUCGCAGGCAUUCAAAAUUUCCCCACUGUUGGGCUCAUAGAUGGCACGUUUCGACAAAAUCUCGAGGAAACGGGGAUGUCCUACGAUGCGGAAGUCGAAGUCAUCAAAUUAGCACACGAGAUGGAUCUCCUAACGACGCCAUACGUAUUCAACGUAGAAGAAGCGCGGAAGAUGGCAGGCGUAGGCGCAGACGUACUCGUUGCACACAUGGGCCUCACAACUUCUGGAGCUAUUGGAGCGCAGAGCGGGAAGAGUCUUGACGACUGUGUGAAGCUGAUCCAGGAGAUCCGAGAUGCAGCGGUAGAGGUCAAGAAGGACAUCAUCGUGCUUUGUCACGGUGGGCCGAUCGCAAAGCCCGAAGAUGCGGAGUAUGUGAUCAGCCGGACGACAGGCGUUCAUGGGUUCUAUGGCGCGAGUUCUAUGGAGAGGCUGCCCGUCGAGGAGGCGAUCACCAAUAUCACUAAGACGUUCAAGGGGUUGAAAUGUCGGCGCACAGAGUAG